UCUGUCGGAGUCGUGCUGCAAGUCUGCAGCUAGCAGAUCGGUAAUUGUCUGUAUCUUCGCUCUUGGAAAACGAAAGCGCGAGUUUAAAUCAAAGUCGUCAUAUGUCUAAGGGGUGUAACCUAUUGCGAAGAACAUGUUGCCGACGCAAAACAGGCAUUAUUAUCAUUUCCUCCUCGUCCUCCAAAUGAUCCCACCUUUCAAAACGAUGCGCCAUUCCAACCGUUAUUUUACGGAGGACUUUACACCCACUAAGGGCUAGGUGUAAGAUUUAAGUUGUAACUUAUGACUACGUUGGAACUUUUUAAGUUGGUGCAACGCUUAAAUAUUAGUAGCGCGUAAACUCCGACCUAAAUUAGUAGAUACGUUCAAACUAGGCUACGUUUGAAUGUAUGCAUAGCUGGUGCAACCCAGUGCUGGCCACCCCUUGGCCACCCCAUAUAUAAAAGUCAGCGGCGUAACAAUGACUUGGCGGGCCCGAGUGCAGAUCUCACCAACGGGCCCCUUGACCGACCUAUCGUCAGGCGAAAUGAUUGAGUGUUGAGCUUAGCGAGGCGCAUGGAAAUGUACUUAUUAUCAGUGUUGCGUCUGAACACGUUAAUGAAGUCGUUCAUAAUUUUGGUGAACGUGAACUGAACGUAGCCUACUGUAUUAGGCUACUGCCUGAUGAACAUACUGUGCAGUGGACGCAUUAAUUCUGGUGUCUGUGAAUGGCACGUUCACUCUUUUUAUUUCGUUUAAUAAGGUGCCAGAUUUCUAGAGACUUCCAGACACACCGUUAACAGUCUUGUGUCCAGGGUUGCCCAACCUGUCAAUCGCUGCGUGUGCUUUCUUUCUUUCUUCUACUGUCUAUGCCUGGCAAGUGUGAGAACGCCGAAUUGCGUAGAGGCAGAGAGCGGUAUUGCAGACGGCAGCCACAUAAUGAAAAAAAGAACUGAACUAACCUAGUUCAUUAUUUGGAGCUUUGAACUUAGUUCAACAUUUUGAAUUAUUAACUAUGAACUGAACUAGUUCAUGUAGAAAGUGAACUUUCCCAACACUGCUUAUUACAAUACACAUUGUGAAUUGAUUGGUGAAUGUUUGAUUUUAUUUUUGUUGGCUAGAUAUGCUGGCUUAACGUUUAGCCUAUCUAGCUAUUUUACAACAACAUCCUGCACAUUGUUUUCAAUAUCUAACCUGGCUGUUGCUUUAUGCCUAUACGUGCAUUUAAUGACGUUUGAUAGCCAUGUCUAAAUGCAUUCAAUGGGCUAUACCAGACAGUAAACGUUAGCCUACCCUGCUGGCUGAGUUUCACUCAUUGCUGUUGGGCUGGGGGUCAGACGUAGCGUCCUCUUGAACACCUCGCCACAAAUCCAAAUGAAGAUAAUUAUGCCAGCUUUGCCACCCUUUCAUCCUGCUCUUUGCGUUCGUGCCGCUUCCUGCAGCCACUUUUGUGUUUUUGAAUGAAGGGCAUGGGGUAGCCUACUUACCGCAAUUACUCAACACGCAACGCAAUGCAACACAACAGGAUGGCAAACGAUCACAACGUGUGGGUGGGCUAUAGAAUCUUUGACAACAUAUUACCCAGACAAUAUUACUUAAUAAAAACGAAAUUUGUUUCAUUAAGCAAAAGGCAAAUGAGGCAAAGAUAAUUAUUUGCUGUUGUUAAGACUGAAAAUUUUUAUUGGGAAGCUGAAAAUAACUGACACCAUAAUUGAGAAAUGUUUAAGAAUUGAUCGGACUGGAUCAUAUGUUAAACUUUCUGUGAUUUACGAGGAGCGAGGGGCCCGGUCAGUUCUUCAGGUAGAGUUCUCACUUGAGAUCGAGGACGGGCCCCCUUUCGCCACGGGCCCUAGUGCAGCUGCACUCCCUGCACUCCCUAUAGUUACGCCACUGAUAAAAGUCUGUAGAGAAGUAGCCUAUAUGUGCGUGUCUGUUUUUGGGUCCUCACUGCUCAGACACUUCAUAAGCAUGUUGAUGAGCUCAAAUUAUGGCCAUUCUAAUAACUUUGAUUUUCUCUUUUAUUUUUUUGUUCAAACAAGAACACUGGCUUCUUGUCUGGCAAAGACCCCUUCUACAGCAGAGAGAAAGGAAUUCAUCUUGGACCUUACCAGAACCUUAAUUGAGGCAGACAUACCACUUGAAAAGGCCCCAAAAUUGUCAACUUUUCUGCAAAAACACUGCAAGCAGGGUGGGUCUAUUCCAGCACCCUCCCACCUGCGCACAGAGGACCUGCCAGAGCUUUAUCCGCAAUAUGAGCAGGACAUCAAAGAUGCUGUAGCCGGAAAGGACAUCUACAUUGUCCUUGAUGAGACCACAGAUGCUUGUGGUAGAUGUGCACUGGCCAUCCUGCUCCAACCAGUGGGUGAGCGAGCUGUUGUAGCAGACCUGGCUUUUUUUGAAAAAGUCAACUUCACCACUGUGUCCCAGGCUGUCAUUUCCUGUCUCAACAACUUUGCAGUCGACUUCAACAGAGUUUGGGCCUUUGUGAGUGACUCAGCUAGCUAUAUGAAGAAGGCCUUCACUUGCAUCCUAGAAGGUCUCUUUCCAAACUCCAGACAUAUAACCUGCUUUGCCCACCUCAUUAACCUGGUGCUGGAGGUUUUUCCGGAAGUGUUUGGUGAGGUAAACAGGCUCUGUGCUCUGGUGAAGAAGGUGUUCUGUCAGGCACCUCAGCGUCGUCUGCAGCUUAGAGCAUUCAUGCUAGAGAAGGGACACUCUUCUGUAAUGCCUGUUUAUGCUGUCCAGACCAGGUGGGGCUCCUGGGUACAUGCUGUAGAGUACUUGGCUGAGUACAUGGAUGUUGUCAGCGACUUCACUGCUACGCUACCAAAAACAGCGAAGUGUGUAAAGGACCUGCUGGAGGAACAAAAGGCCCAGCUGAAAGCCCAGGCAGUGUUCAUUGUGGAACACAGCAGUGAAUUAAUUUCUCUGCUGACCAAGCUGCAGAAGACCUCUGUCCCCAUGGCACAAACCAUCGCCAGCAAGCUGGAGGACCUGCAAAUGCAUUUGAAUAUGGCAGAACAGCAGGAGCAGACGACUGGCGCCCACAUACCAAAGAGCUGCUGCAGGAGCUGCCAGAGGAAGACAGGCUGACCUGCCGUGAGCUGUUCCAGACUGCCCUGGCAGCAUGCUCCACCAGGCUGCUCACCGUGCUGGAGAAGCACCCCUGCCUUGACCUGUUCAGGUCAUUAACCGUCCUUGAUCCAGCCCAGGUGAUAGGGGCAAGACAGGACAUUGAGGACCACGUUGAGGCUAUCCCCUCUCUGAACCAGGGGCCUCAUGUAUAAAGGAUUGCGCAGCUUUCAUACCAGAAGAUGGCGUACGGCCAAAACUC